AUGCGAGCGCAGGACACUGGUCUCCCCUGGGGAGUGAUGCAGGGGUGUGAGGGGUGCCGUUACCGCGGGUGCUACCGAUGCUGCCACGUGUCGGCACGCUGGAAGCCGGAUGAGUCACGACGGCCCUCCGUGGGAGAGGCACCCACGUUCUACCCCACUGCCGAGGAGUUCGCCAAUCCAGUGUGCUACAUCCAGUCAAUCCAGCGGUUAGCAGAGGAGCACGGGAUAUGCCGCAUCGUGCCGCCCGCCUCCUGGACGCUCCCUGCGGGCGCCUCUCUCUCCCAGGAGCACCUGCGCUCCCUACGCUGCCGCUACCCCACACGCGUGCAAGAAGUCAGCCGCCUGCAGCUGCUGGAAACAGCCGGGGUUAUCAGGAGCACCCCCACCAGCAGAUGCAGCAGCAGCAGCACCCAGAACCAGCACACCUGCAGCAACAGCCGCACCAGCAGCAGCAGCAGCAGCACCUGCAGCAGCAGCAGCAGCAGCAGCAGCAGCAGCAGCAGCAGCAGCAGCAGCAGCAGCAGCAGCAGCAGCAGCAGCAGCAGCAGCAGCAGCAGCAGCAGCAGCAGCAGCAGCAGCAGCAGCAGCAGCAGCAGCAGCAGCAGCAGCAGCAGCAGCAGCAGCAGAGCAGCAGCAGCAGCAGCAGCAGCAGCAGCAGCAGCAGCAGCAGCAGCAGCAGCAGCAGCAGCAGCAGCAGCAGCAGCAGCAGCAGCAGCAGCAGCAGCAGCAGCAGCAGCAGCAGCAGCAGCAGCAGCAGCAGCAGCAGCAGCAGCAGCAGCAGCAGCAGCAGCAGCAGCAGCAGCAGCAGCAGCAGCAGCAGCAGCAGCAGCAGCAGCAGCAGCAGCAGCAGCAGCAGCAGCAGCAGCAGCAGCAGCAGCAGCAGCAGCAGCAGCAGCAGCAGCAGCAGCAGCAGCAGCAGCAGCAGCAGCAGCAGCAGCAGCAGCAGCAGCAGCAGCAGCAGCAGCAGCAGCAGCAGCAGCAGCAGCAGCAGCAGCAGCAGCAGCAGCAGCAGCAGCAGCAGCAGCAGCAGCAGCAGCAGCAGCAGCAGCAGCAGCAGCAGCAGCAGCAGCAGCAGCAGCAGCAGCAGCAGCAGCAGCAGCAGCAGCAGCAGCAGCAGCAGCAGCAGCAGCAGCAGCAGCAGCAGCAGCAGCAGCAGCAGCAGCAGCAGCAGCAGCAGCAGCAGCAGCAGCAGCAGCAGCAGCAGCAGCAGCAGCAGCAGCAGCAGCAGCAGCAGCAGCAGCAGCAGCAGCAGCAGCAGCAGCAGCAGCAGCAGCAGCAGCAGCAGCAGCAGCAGCAGCAGCAGCAGCAGCAGCAGCAGCAGAAGCAGCAGCAGCAGCAGCAGCAGCAGCAGCAGCAGCAGCAGCAGCAGCAGCAGCAGCAGCAGCAGCAGCAGCAGCAGCAGCAGCAGCAGCAGCAGCAGCAGCAGCAGCAGCAGCAGCAGCAGCAGCAGCAGCAGCAGCAGCAGCAGCAGCAGCAGCAGCAGCAGCAGCAGCAGCAGCAGCAGCAGCAGCAGCAGCAGCAGCAGCAGCAGCAGCAGCAGCAGCAGCAGCAGCAGCAGCAGCAGCAGCAGCAGCAGCAGCAGCAGCAGCAGCAGCAGCAGCAGCAGCAGCAGCAGCAGCAGCAGCAGCAGCAGCAGCAGCAGCAGCAGCAGCAGCAGCAGCAGCAGCAGCAGCAGCAGCAGCAGCAGCAGCAGCAGCAGCAGCAGCAGCAGCAGCAGCAGCAGCAGCAGCAGCAGCAGCAGCAGCAGCAGCAGCAGCAGCAGCAGCAGCAGCAGCAGCAGCAGCAGCAGCAGCAGCAGCAGCAGCAGCAGCAGCAGCAGCAGCAGCAGCAGCAGCAGCAGCAGCAGCAGCAGCAGCAGCAGCAGCAGCAGCAGCAGCAGCAGCAGCAGCAGCAGCAGCAGCAGCAGCAGCAGCAGCAGCAGCAGCAGCAGCAGCGGCACCAGUUUGCUUCGGCAUGUGCCUCUCCUCCUUCUGCUGGGUGCGUGCCUCCUCGCUCCCUCUCCUCUCCUCUUUUCCUCUCCUCCUCUUUUCCUCUCCUCUUUUCCUCUCCUCUUUUCCUCUCCUCCUCUUUUCCUCUCCUCUUUUCCUCUCCUCUUUUCCUCUCCUCCUCCCUCCCUCUCCUUUCCUCUUUUCCUCUCCUCCUCUUUCCUUCUCCUCCUCCCUUCCUCGCCUCCUCUUUACCUCUCCUCCCUUCCUCUCCUCCUCCCCUCCUCUCCUCCUCCCCUCCUUUCCCCCUCCCUUCUCUCUAUGCUCGUCCGUCGCUGUUUCUUUCACUCAUGUGGAGGAUCAUCAUCUCAACUCACUCAACUACUUGCACUGGGGGCGUCCCAAGGUGUGGUACGGAGUGGCCAGCAGGCAUGCAGAGCGGUUUGAAGCGGUGAUGCGCAAGCGCCUGCCCGAGGCCUUCCGUGGCAUAGAUGACCUGCUGCAAAGCCUUGUGACGCAGCUGUCCCCGGCUGUGUUGCAGCAGGAGGGCAUUCCUGUGGUGCGCCUCGUGCAGCGCCCCAACGAGUUUGUGGUCACCUUUCCGCGAGCCUACCACUCAGGUUUCAACGUCGGGUUCAACUGUGCCGAGGCUGUCAACAUGGCACCACCUGAUUGGCUGCAGCACGGGCUGCGGGCAGUGGAGGGUUAUCGUUCCAUUAAGCGUAGCGCCACUCUCUCCCAUGACAAACUGCUGCUGCGCGCUGCUGCUACUGUCCUUGAAGCUGCUGCUGCUGCUGUUGCUGGUGCUGAUGCUGCUGGUGCUGAUGCUGAUACUGCUGCUGCUGCUGCUGCUGCUGAGGGGGCAGUGUGGUGUGAGAAUGCGGAGACAAUAUGUGUUGCUUUGGAGGUGAGAUCAAAAUGGCAACGGAGCGACCCCAAGCCGCACAAGCCGCACAAGCAGCACAAGCAGCGCAAUCCAUACCUGAUUUGGAUUUCCUGCAGUGCUGCUACUGCUCCUACGACCUCUACCUCUCCUUUGCCUCGUGCUGCCAUGCAUGCUUCCCCAGGCAACCUGGCACCACCAGUGCAGCAGCAGGCGGGUCCGUCCUAG